CCUGGACACACCUCCUUCCUAAUGCAGAAACUACUUCUACCUGCAGCUUGCUCCAAUGGAGUGUCGGCAGCAAUGGUGGCAUCCUUACCUUGUUCUCAUCUCCCUCGACUCCCCCAUGGGACCCUCUCUUCCCUCAAUCUCAACCACAACCCCGCUCUUCCCUUCUCCCCUUCUAAGUUGUCGGUCUCCUUAACUUCUUUUCCUCUCCUGGAUUCGCGUAUCGCCUCUGCUUCCUUCUACGUAUCCUGCAAUAGAAGAGGAACUGCCGCCGCCCUCAACGCCUCCGCUCCUGUUUCCUCCUCCUCCUUCGCUUCCCCUGCUGAUGAAUCUGAAAAGGCUAAACUCGCUCAGGUUGCCAAGAGACUAGAGAACACUUCAAGAUAUUUCAAGCGGUUGGGCAGUUUAGGGUUUUGGGGACAGCUAGUGUCUACUUUAGUUGCCGCCGUAAUUCUAUCCUUCGCCGUUGUGGCUACUGGGAAAAUCUCAUCGCCAGUUACAUUCUAUUCUACCGCUGGAGGAAUUGCAGCCGCCUUCAUUUCCGUCUUUUGGUCCUUCGGUUAUAUUCGUCUUUCGGAUAGGCUUCGAAAAACUGCCAGCGAUCCUUCAAAGGCUCCGCCUCGUGCUGAAGUUGUAAAGAGCUUGAAGAAUGGUAUAGUUGUAAACCUUCUGGGAAUGGGUGCUGCAAUUCUCGGCAUGCAAGCUACGGUAGGGUUAUUAGUUGCAAAGGCCCUUACUUCCUCCGCAAAUCCGUAUUAUCAGGGCGUCUCUCCUGGUUACAGUCCUGUGCUAGCUUUGGAUGUAUUCUUGGUUCAGGCCUCAGCGAACACUAUUCUUUCUCAUUUCUUGGGGCUCGUUUUUUCGUUGGAGCUACUGCGGUCAGUGACGUUACCACCGACGGAAGCCAUUCCAAUUCCCAGAAUUGCCUAAGCUUCUACUAUUUUCCUGGUGAAGGAAAUCAGUUCCAGAUAUCCUCUGUAAAGGAAAUAUGUUUUUGGAGCCUGACCCUAGCAUGAGGAAUGUAUAAGUGUUUGUGUUGGAUUUAAAUAGAC